AUGAGUUGUAGUUUAUUUUGUAAAUUAUCAUUUUUACUUCGACAAAGAUAUAGUGCACUUGAACAUGAUCUUAAUAUAACUGUUCGUUUUUUAAAAGUACUUUUAUGUACUAUUAACUUUAUGUAUGAUGGUUUUUUCGAUUCUGUAAUGAAAAAUAGUCAAGAAAUGAUUCGUGCUUCAUUAUUACCAUUAUUUAAUAAUAUUGUUGAAGAUCUUAACUAA